AUGACACAACUCAUGGCUAACAAACGACAAAGGAAAAGGACUCGGCUAAUCAUUUAUUAUAAACAAUUCGGAGAAAUAAAACCAAAAUGGAAGUUGGAGUUGGUUGUAUGCGAUACUUUGGCAUUCGAUCUUAUCUUGAUAAUUUUUAUGAUCGACAAGGCGAUGAUGUGCAACGAAGAGAUGUUCAACACAGAUAUGCAAACUCGUCUAGAAAUCCGAGAUUUUCCAGUCGAUGGUGGAAGAUUCUUCUUUGGAUUGAAAAUUAACGUUGAGGAUACGUCAUCUACUAAUUCUCCUAUAAUGAUCGUUGAUCGACAAGCACUUGAAUACAAUGCAAAAUUAGAUAAAAGUCAUUUAAUUGGAAUAUGUUUGGUCGUCGCUGGAGGCAUUCUUUUCACGUUUUCACUUCUCAUGCCCACAUUUUGUCACAUGUGGUGUGCAAGUGGAGAAGCCAAUGAUGAAACAGAUCCGUUAAAAUUGAGAAUGGAAAUCACAAGUAGCGAGCAAAGCAUUCCCGUAUGUAGUGUACCGAAAUCUGUGCAGCCAAAUUAUCGUAAAGAUGAAUCGAGAGUAACUACGGAUGGAAUGGUACCCAUUACAUCACCUUAA